CUUUUGCAAAUCAAAUCUCUCAAUCUCUCCCUAUUUUCGAUCUCUCUCUCUUUUCAAUCUCUCUCUUCCAUGGCUGUCAAAUCACAAUCCCCACCAUUGCAUCACCAGUUUCUCAGCACAACCCCAAACGACUACACCAGCGAUAUUGAAUCAAUUGAUCAAGAAGGUCCAGAAUCACUUUCAAACCCUACUCCAUUCAUGGAAAAUACAGAACAACAUCACCAUGAAGAUCAAAAAUCAAUGAAGAACAAGAGGUACAAGUUUCUCUUGUUUAUAAAUUAUGUUUUGCUCUUUGUGGGAUCAGUCUCCUCUAGUUUGCUCACAAAAUAUUACUUUAACCACAAAGGGUCAAGCAAAUGGGUCUCUACAUGGGUCCAGUGUGCAGGUUUUCCAUUCCUAAUCAUUCCCAUUUUUCUCCCAAGUCUCCUCAAUUACACAGAGAGAAAGCCCUUCACAGAUUUCACUCCAAAGAUGCUAUGCUAUUCAUUUUGUAUUGGUGUCAUGUUAGGGUUUAACAACCUUUUGUACUCAUUUGGAGUGGCAUAUCUCCCAGUCUCAACCUCAGCACUUCUCUUAUCCUCUCAGCUAGUCUUCACCCUCAUUCUCUCAGCCAUCAUUGUAAAACAAAAAAUCACAUUCUCAAAUCUCAAUUCCGUGAUCCUCAUAACCAUGAGCUCCAUCAUUCUAGCCUUGAACUCUAGUCACGAGAAGCCUCAAGGGCUAACCCAAAAGGACUACUUCAUAGGGUUCUCUUGCACCAUAGGUGCAGGCUUGUUGUUUUCCUUGUACUUGCCACUGAUGGAGAAGAUCUACGAGAGGGUUUACUGCUACGGAAUGGUGAUGGAGAUGCAGCUCGUAAUGGAGAUCGCGGCGACGGUGCUGGCCACCGGAGGAAUGGUGUACAAAGGAGGGUUUUCUGAGAUGAAGGAAGAGGCUGAUAGGGUUUUCGACAAGGGAAACACUUUUUACUGGGUGACGGUUGUGUUGAGUGUUGUGACGUGGCAGUGUUGCUUCAUGGGAACUGCAGGGAUGGUCUUUCUCACGUCUUCAUUGACUGGAGGGGUUUCUGCUACUGCUUUGUUAUCCAUGAAUGUGUUGGCAGGGUGGUUGGUGUACCAUGAUGCCUUCAAAGGUUUUAAGAUUGUGGCUACUGUUUUGUGCAUUUGGGGUUUCUGUUCUUAUGUCUAUGGCAUGUACAUCAAAAGGGAGCAAGAGGAGGAGGCUAAAAGGAGGAACAGCAGUGGUGGAACUACCACAGAGUUGAUCCCUAACGGGAAUCGUAUGGUAGUGUAACUUGUUGAAACUAUGGAACUUGGAUAAGAUAGUGGUAGUGUGGUAGCUAGUGUGGUACUAUAUAGUACCUCAAUUUUCAAUUUGGUGUAGAGAUCGAACUAGUUUGGCCUAGACUUAAAUAUUGUUGAACAAAAUUUUUAUGUAGUUUACUGUUAGGUGUUUUGUUGUUCUUUUCCUAAUUAAUGAGAAUUGAAAUUUGGCCAAAA